AUGAAGAGUUUCAUCUUGAUAACAGCUUUUCUUCUCUGCGGUCUCAGCUGGGUCUCUGUCUCAGUUUCUGAGUCUCAGACUGUGGAGGUCCAGCCUGGUGAUGAAGUCACACUGCACUGCUCCAACAUCUCUGCAAGUUCAACUACAGCAGAGUGGUUCAGAGUGGUCGACAGAAACAAAGCCAGCUGUAUCUCCUCUAUGUACGGGUUUGAUGGGGAUCCUAAAUUCUGCGAUGGAUUCCAAAAUGGGAAAUUCAAAAUGAGUUCCAACAACUCUGUUGUCUUCCUUAAAAUCACACACGUGGAUUUAUCUGACUCUGGCCUGUAUUUGUGUGGAAUUGACAUGCAUGGAAACACAAUACUUAAAGGAAUACACUUAAAUGUUCAUGAGUCUGAUGAACAUACAACGCUGAUUAGUGUGAUCCUGGGUGGUCUGACUGUUUUCCUCUUAAUGGUCAUCAUCGGUCUGGUUGUUAAAAUCUUGAAGUUUCAAACAGCUCCUAAUGAACAGCAAAAUGCACCACAGAGCGAGAAUCUGGGCUCUGAUAACCUGAACUAUGCAGCACUGAGUUUCAAUCCAAAGCCAAAAAGAAACCGAAGACCUGUAUCAGAGAGAGAAGUGGAGCCAAAUGUGAUUUAUGCUGCAACCAAGUAG